AUGGCGGCGAGCGGGCGGAGGCGCGUUUGCGCUGGUCGGGUCGCCUCUUUCCCCUUCUUCUCCGGUGUCGGCGGAUCCACGCCCAGAUCCGGCGAUAGCGGGCCCUCCACCUCCCAUGACGGCGAUCCGGCGCGCGGGCAAGAUCGAGAUGUACCUCGAUUUGUUUGUUGCAGGUUCCUGAUUUGGUACGCUCUGUUAAGCAUGGCCAAUCGACAAGAGCUUUGCAAUGAUACAGUCCCAGUGCGUGUUGGACCAGUCUCAUACUUGCUCCUCUCUAAACCUGCCAUGGGUGUUCACAGAUCUUUCUCUCUUCUUUCACUUCUUGGUAGUAUUUUCCCAUCUACAAGAUCUGUUUAUUGGGAUUGGUUGUUCACGAUCAGACCAGAUAUUAGAGUAUAUGCUUAUGCACCUAGCCAAAUCAGCAAAGCUUUUCAGGUCACUCAGUUCCUAGAUGGCUCAUAG